CCUACCGGCUGUUUCUUUAUUUACACCACCGCGGGAAGCGUGUUUGAAAUAGUUAUUUUAUUACAUAAAAAUCACAGAAAACUGAAAGAAAAACAAUGGCUCUGCGGUUGCUUAGCCGUUCAAUGUCCUUGCACAUGCACAGCAUGCAAUUGAACGCCACCAGGAGGUUGAUAAAUAGUUAUGAUUUCAGUCGGCCAGCGCUUACUCCUGUGCCCUGGUCGUUAGCACAUAAUCGACUGCUGCACGUGAGGAUUACGGAUCAGGAAGCCGGCUUACAGACCAAGCGAGAAGCCAACAGAAACCAGAAUCCUUUCCGGGAAGAAGUCUUUGAAGAACCUACCACAGAAGCACCCAAGCAGCGCCACAAAUUUAGACCAGAAAAUAAGCUUAAAGAGAAGAUCCCCAAAAAAGUGCACGACUUUGGGGAUCCGGAUACCUUUGGUGAUACCAAAAUAAGUGAUACUCAAGACCCCGGAGAUGUCGAAGAAGAUGAGUUUAUCAGCAAUCCGACGAGGCGAUCAAAAAAACUGCAGGCCGUGGAAUAUGCUCGCCAGAUCAAGGAUCUUAUGAAGGCAAACCGGCUAAAUGAAGCUAUUGCCGUGCUGGAGCAGCGUAUGCUGAGGGAGGAUCGCGUCAAGCCGGACAAGUACAUAUACAAUCUGCUGAUCAGCGGCUGCGCCAAGGCGGGAUACACACGCAAGGCCUUUGCACUGUACACUAAAAUGCGUCAGCGGGGCCUCCAAGUAACCGGUGGAACAUAUACCUCGCUCUUUAACGCCUGCGCCAAUGCCCCAUCCUUGGGUGAUGGCCUGGCUAAAGCCCAGAUUCUGCGGGAAAACAUGCUGGAGAAAGGCUACGAACCGAAUGUAAAGAACUACAAUGCAAUGAUCAAAGCCUAUGGAAGAUGCGGGGAUGUAGACACUGCCUACAUGCUAGCCGACGAGAUGGUGGAGCGCCGGAUGGAACUGAAUGCAGAUACGUUUAACUUUCUGCUGCAGGCAUGUGCCAGCAACUCAGAACAUGGAUUCCGGCACGCUCUGCUCACUUGGCACAAAAUGCUCCAGAGCGGAAUCAGCCCGGAUUACUAUAGUUUUAAUGCAAUCUUAAGAUGUGCAAGGGAUUGUGGCUUUGGUGACUUGGACUCGAUGCGGGAGGUUAUCCAACAGAUUGCUCCGGCAGCAACUGGGAAAAAACCCGUUCUUCAGUUGGAGGAAGGCGAAAAAGAUAAUUUACCCAGUACAUCAGCUAGCGCCACUUCGUUGCCUGCCCAAAUCGAGGUUUCCACAACAUCAAACGAGCUGGAACUACCCAAUCUUUUGCUACCCCAGCCUCAUCUGGGGAGUUUAGUUGCAUUGGAGGAUGUAACACGUCCACAUGAGCGGUUUCUUCUUCUUGGCGGCCUGACUGGUUUUCUGGAGCACAUGAAGCAGCACAAAAUCACACCGGACAUAGAAACCUUUACUACAAUGUUGGAGGUGAUACCACCUACGAACGCCGCAGAGAAGCAGUUGCUCAGUUUUGUGCGAAAGAUUGGGCUCAAGGCGGACGUGGACUUUUUCAACAUACUGAUCAAGAAGCGCUCGAUGCGCUUCGAUUACGAGAACGCACGAGAGGUGCUUUCAAUGAUUCGUACGGCAGGCUUGCGACCGGACAUUGUCACCUAUGGUGUACUCGCUUUGGGUUGCCGCACCCAAGAGGAGGCAAGGGAACUGCUGCAACAGAUGCAAGUGGCGGGCAUUAAGAUGAACAUGCCCAUCCUGGGUGCAAUGCUACGACAGGGAUGCGCGAACAAAUCCUUCGGCUACAUAAACGAGAUCAUUCAGUUGAGUCUGGAAGAGGGAAUCAAGCCGAAUGAAUCGUUUCUCCGUCACCUGCACAACUUUCACAGGGGAUGCGCAAGAGCAAUUGAUGCCAGGCAUCCUUCGACCAAGACUGUUGUUUUCAAGAAGGGGCACUCAAAGUUCUGUGAUAAAUACCGUCUGUACUACGAGGAGCUGGGCUUAGCUGGUCUCAAGCUAGAAGAUGCCAUCGCUAAGGUGAAGGAGCGCCCAUAUGAGAAGUAUAAGGUGCCGCCCGUUGAAGGAAUGGAACCACUCAAGCACGAACAUUUGAAACGCAAAACUAAACCGCGAAAGUAUAUCAAGAAGAUUAAGAUAGAUGAGCUGCAGGAUGACCCUCCCAGAGAGCCUUUAAAGAGGAUAGAAUAAGUUUAAUAUUGUAGCUGUUAUUAAAGUUUAUUAUUUGUUAACCAA